AUGAGUAAUAAGCUUGUUAAUAAGAAUAAAACAUUUUUAAAACAAGAGACAGCAGAAGUUGGUCUAUAUGCAACAACAGAAGAAAUAUCAAAAUCAAGAGUGGUAAAAGAUAUUGGAUAUGGUAUUACAACACCAAGAACUGCGUAUGAAGAAUAUUAUGAUAAGAAAUGUCCUUUUACUGGAGACAUCACAGUCAGAGGAAGAAUUAUUACAGCAGAAAUUGUAAAGAUGAAGGCAGAAAAAACUAUUGUAGUUCAGAAGAAUUAUCUUCAUUAUGUUCCAAAGUACAAGAGAUUUGAAAGAAGAAACACAAAAUUGAAUGUCCAUUUAAGCCCAUGUUUUAACGGUUUAGUUCAAGUAGGAGACACUGUAAUUUGUGGGGAAACAAGACCUCUCAGUAAAACUAAACAUUUUGCUGUGGUUGCUAUUGAAAAAAAGGCAUCUGAUAAGAACGUUAAAGAAUUUAGUUUGUAA